AUGUCCGCACCAUUCGUGCGACCUUACGACCCAGCUCGGGAUUUUGAAAAUGGUCUGCAUGUUUUCUUCAGCACGAUCGAGCCGAAGUUGGAUUGGGAGCCGACGCGUACGAUCGGCUCGUAUCUCUGGUACAGGGUUUAUGUGAGCCUCACGCCCAACACCUGCUUUGUCCUUGACGAUGGGAGCGGUCGCGCAGCAGGUUACUGCAUUGGCACGGCAGACACUGCAAGCUUUGCUCAAAGAUGGCGUGAUGAGUUUGCCCCCAGUGUGAACUCCAAGAGCGUCCCGAAGCCUGAAAUACGAACGGCAGACCCGUUAAUGGAAAGGGAGGACACCAAGGGCUUCAGACAUGCACUGCAUCACGCCGAAUGCAGUGCAUUGCAGACGUGGCCAGAAGAGUUAGAGAAGUACCCCGCGCACAUGCAUAUCGACAUCCUCCCAGAGUUCCAGAGGAAAGGCUGGGGUUCAGUUCUGGUUAACACGCUGUUCGAAGCAGUAAAGCGCGAGGGUGCGUCCGGAAUUCACUUGGGCAUGGUGCGGUGGAACACGACUGGCAGGAGCUUCUACGAAAAGAUUGGGUUCCAAGUAUGCUCCCUAGUGCUUGACAAUGGAGAGAGCGGGGAGACCGGUGUGGAUGGUGUAGCUCUGACGAUGGUCAAGACUUUGUGA